AUGGCUGGAGCACCAAACGAAGUGGACAAAGUAGACGUCAAUAAACUCUUUGAUCAUCUCUCAAUUGAUAAAAAGUCCAAAUUAAAAUGGGGAAGCGGUCGUCAAGAGUUAGAAAGUUUUGUCAAAACAGCGCUUUCACCACUGGUCGGUAAAUGGUCGUCUGAUGAUUCCACGCACAAGUUUAAAUCAAACGGGAUCACGAUAACGUUUUACAAUGUCAAUGUCAAUGAAAGAAACACACUUUUAAUUCAAGGCAACAUUGGAGAAGAACUCAAGAACCACUUGCUAAACAUAGCAAAUGAAACUGGCGAUACCAGGUUAGUGGUAAAUGACUCCACUGCUAAAUGAUUCGUGCCGAGCGGUACCUGUUUGGGGGAAGGGAGGUCGACGCUCCAAAAACUUUUUCAAACACUAGUUUUACGUAAGGGGGGCUUAAAUUUAGUUUUUCAGACCUUUUUCGACCUCAAAUUUCCAGAAAAUUCCUUAAUCUUUAACACGUUCCGCAACUCCAGCACUCCAGGGCCCCUAGCUCUCCGCAAAUUGGGCCCCCUCUUUUACUAUUCUUUGUGGGGGGGGGGGGUCUCCCUCCAGUAGUUCCGGCCCUGGGUUGCAAUUAUCCUGGACGAGAAGUUAUAGCCAAACUUGGUGUUACUAAAACUAGAAAAUAUAAAAGAAAGCGGAAAAAAUUUCCGUCAAGAAAAAGGAGUAAAUGAUCGGAAAGUAAAGCGGGUCGAAAUAUAAUCGCAUGCAAAGAAUUUCCAGUAUUUCCAUGGACUUUUCUCGUUCUUCCAAACUUCCACAAGCAUUUCUAUUUUAUAGGCUUCCCUUGAUCGACUCAUUACGUGACUUCCUUAGGUAAGUAAACAUUGAUUGGCGUCAGAAUGAGUAAAAUAAUGGGAAACGGUUAAGACAACGCGCCAGUAUUCCAUGGAAGAGAAAUUAACUCAUUGUUCUACUGUUAAACUAUAUAUACUUCAAACUUUAUCUAAAAGAUAUGCAAAAUCGUUUCAGAGUAUAUCUGAAACCUCUUAGAACGCCCUGUAUUUGUUAACUCUGUCACUAUUACAUGCGAGUCAGGGUUGUACGAAGGCUGGAUAGCGCUAUCCACGGGAGAGUGAUUUUUUUCAGCGGUUGUAAAAAUACUUAAAAAGUUAUAAAAUUACGAAUAUGGACCUCACAACUGAUAAAAGAAACUUUAAUCUAUAAAUAUUAAAGUUUAGUCUGUGUUUACCAAUGGGAUUAUUUGAAAAAGCUCAUGUAUGCAUGCAUGCAGCAUACAGUUUCCUAGUAGCGUUAUCUAUUUCUUUUACCCGUAACAAUGUAAUUUAAACCUAACAAUGGCUGUAAUUCCGGUUUUUCCUACAAACGCACAAUUCUGUAUUUCGAGUUACGCCAAGUGCAAUGCUUAAAUCCUGUUGUAUUUUACGAUAGCGUGAAUAUAGCAUAGCUACAAAGCACGAAAUAUUUUCACAGUCUUAACCAGAAAUGUAUAUUUUAUUAAUUUAGUAAAAACUUGGACGGAGAUGAAAAUAAAUGUAAGGGUAAGUGCAGUGAAAUUUACCCCAUUCAAAAUGAACAUAUCAAACGUGUAGGAAUCCUUGGAUCAAAGGGUCAGUUCUGUGCUGCCUUCUACCAUGUUCACAAAUGGGGUCAUAGAAAGCAUUUCUGUCUCGACGAGGAUAGUUGCAUUAUCGCUAAGCGAACAAAGGAUCAUGUCAUGGAAUUGGCACAGGAAGCAGAAAAAUUUGCCGAGAAAGUAAAGAAUCUUGACGAGGAAUUAGGAACCGCAUUUUACGAGGAAGCAAAGCAAUUUGCUGCCAAGAAACUAAACAUAUCUGCCAGGGAAGGAAAGGAAUUUGUCGACAAAACAAAGAAAUUUGCCAUGAAAGUCCCAAAAUCAUUUGACGAAAGAGCAAAGAAAGCUGUCGAGAAACAAAACAAAGCAAAGAAAGCUACCAAGAAACAAAAGAAAGCAAAGCAACUUGCUGAAGAAGUACAGCAACUCGUUGAGAAAGCAGAGCAAGUUGCUGAGGAAGCAAAGGAACUGGUUAAGAAAGCAGAAAAAGCAUGGUGUUUUCAAGCCAAAACAGUAGUCGCUGUUGUAAAAUUCGAAAAAGAUGGGAAGAUUCUGUAUGAAGCAAGAUACACCAACUGUGGCGAAAAGCAAAAGCAUGCCGAAGAUUUCUUUCAAGAAGACAUAAAAAAGGGAAAGUUGGGAGAGAAAGUGGAAGCCAACCCAAAUGGGACUAUAACCUUGUACCUUACGCUUCAGCCGUGCAACAAGUCCACAAGUAUUGAAGGAACAGCAACCACUCCGAAAGACAAAACUUGUUGUGAAACACUUGAGAAUAUAUUUAACGACACACUGCUGCCAAAGAAGAUAAAGUUGUACGUUAAAGCAGCCAACUUAUGUCGAUUAAGUCUAAUACCAGAAAACGACUCAGAUGAUGAGACCCUGCGAAAGAAUGCUGUGGAUGGAAUAGAAAUGUUGAUGGGAAUUGGUGUAAAAUUCAGAAGGGUGACACGGGAAGAUUGGCACUAUCUUUUGUCCUUGACCAACGAAUUACAUAAUCGCGAAGAUCUUGAGGUUCAUGAGGGUCGCGAAAAUUUAGAUACAAGUGUUCAGAGUAUUUUUGAUCAAAUGCACAAAACAAUUAGCAGCUAA